CGUUAAUUAAAGAUAGUCUUUCCAAGCAAGGAUUGGAUUUUCCUUUAUUUAAAAAAAUAGAGAUGUGAGGUCCAAGGGUCUUGUUGCCAUAGCUUGCCGCCCAGUUUACUUGGAGAUGGAGAAAAGAAGGCUUCGACAGAUUAAUUUUUAAAGAUGUUCUUUCCUCUUUUUUUUAAUAAAUACAUCUAACCGGGGAUUGGGAACUCGUGCAGCUUUUCCAGUUUUCAUUCGAAUAAUCUUUCAAAUCAGAGUAAUAAUUUUAUCAUGGGUGCUUUAGCUGCUGUUUUUAGACAUCUGAAUUCAUUAGUGGGGCCAGGAGUGAUGCUUCUGUUUCCUCUGUUUUCAUCGAUGAAAGCUAUAGAGAGCCCCACAACAUUGGACGAUCAGCAAUGGCUAACCUAUUGGAUUCUCUACUCCUUCAUUACCCUCUUUGAGCUCUCAUGUUGGAAGGUCCUACAAUGGUUACCAUUCUGGGCAUUCAUCAAGCUCCUGCUCUGUAUGUGGUUGGUUCUGCCAAGUUUCAAUGGAGCAGCUUAUAUAUAUGAGAACUAUAUAAGUAAACACGUGAGAAUCGGGGGCCAGGUAAGCUCAAAGUACUCGGAGACACAUAGGAAGGCCAUGCAGAUGAUGAGCCUUGAUGCCAGGAAAUCAGUGGAGGACUACAUAGACACACAUGGACCAGAGGCGUUCAACAAAGUGAUCACAGCGGCUCUAAAAGAGGCGAAAGAGAACAUGAAGGAGGGUAAAAGUAGAAUUUAGACCUUUGGUCCAAGAAUGACCCCCUGGAAAUGUAUGGUUGGGAGAGCUUGAGAGAAAUGUGGGAAUGGUUUAUGAGAGUUUGUGUAAAAAUUAGAAUUAAUUGAAUGUAAGGCAAUCAGUGAUUCAACAAACAUAUUAUUGCAAAAGCUAUUUCGUGUUUAAAAGAAUUGAAGAAUUAACUCACACUGAGAUAAUCGAAGUGUAGAAUUGUUGUUGGACGUAAAGAUAUGCAGCAACACAUAUUGCUGCAGUUAAUAACUGCAAGUGGUUGAGCGUGAUGACCGACUUUUUGAAUUAGAUUGAUCAAUCUUGAGGAUGGCCUCAAAAUUCUGGAAGCAUUUGAGUGCUCUUGCCUGAAAGUGA